GGUGCAGACCUGUCAAUCACCCUCAUCACCGUCCAGUCAAAGCCAGGAGAAAAGGAGAGGGCAGGGCAUGGACUGGAUUGGCCAUUGCUAUGCAUGAGCGAGUGCCAUGGUGUCCAUGGAGACCAAGGGCUAUACUGACCUCCUGGAGACCAGCGAUGGGCAGGGGUCGGGACUUUUGGAGAGAGGGGACGUGUCUGGGACUGAGGAGGGCUGGAGCGUCCCCUUACCCCUGGGCUUCCAGGUGUCCCUCACCACCGUGCUGAUGCUGGAGCUGGUGCUCGGCUUCAGCAGCAACCUGACCGUGCUGGUGCUCUACUGCGCCCAGUCCAACCUGGUUGACUCAGUCAGCAACAUGGUUACGGUCAGCUUGCACGUGCUGGACAUCCUGGUGUGUGUGCUGUGUCUGCCGCUGACCGUGGCGAUCAUCCUGCUCCCAGUGGACGGUAGUGGCGGGGGCAUCCUGGCUACACUGUGCUGCUUCCAUGAGGCCUGCGUCACCUUCACCAGUGUGGCCACGGCCAUCAAUGUGCUGGUCAUCAGCCUGGACCGCUACGACAUCACCGUCCGUCCAGCCACGCGGCUGCUGACCCCGCGACGUGCUGCACUCCUCCUGGCUGCUGUUUGGGCCAUAUCACUGGCCGUCUUCUUCCUGCCCUUCCUGGAGGGGGACUUCUUCUCAAUGGGGUCUGACGCGGAGGACAACGAGAUUGGAGGAGGGUUGGAGAUGGAGAUGGGGGAUCUGAUCCCUGAGUCUGAUUCUGAAGCCCCUACUGGACUGACCCCCACUGGGCAAAACCACACUGGGCUGACCCUCACUCCCUCCACCCCCUCUACUCCAUACUACUCCCACCCUCUGCCGCCAUUGAGGCAGAACCGGACACUGCUAUGUGUGGGUGGGCAGGGCUACCACACGGGCCUGGCCAUGUACUACCACCUCCUCCUGCAGGUGCCCUGCUUCUUCAUCGCCGUGGUCGUCAUGUUGUUCACAUACUCCCGCAUCCUGCAGGCCCUCAACAUCCGCAUCGGCACCCACAUAAAGAGGGGCCCACGGGCCUCCAAUAAGGGCUCAGGCUGCAGGAUCCGCAGGCGGAGACAAAGGAGGAAGGGACUGAGUCUGGCCACAGAGGGGAGAGGUUCCUCCAGCCAGAACCAACGCCUCACCCACCCGCCCCUCAUCCCAUCCCCCAGCUCCCUCCCUCCCCUCUCCUCCAUGCCCCUGGUUACCUCUGACAGUGGGGCCACUGGGGUCACCAACACCACCGCCACCACCCCCAGCGCCACCACCCCAGCGACCCCUAACCCCACUGACGACAUCUCCCCCCCACCGGCGGCGGCAGACCGCCCAGGCGUCCAGGCUUCUGUGUCGGCCAUCAUCGCCCUGAGGAGAGCAGUGAGGCGCCACCGGGACCGGCGGGAGCGCCAGCGGAGAGUCUUCAAGAUGUCCCUGAUCAUCAUAUCCUCUUUCCUGGGCUGCUGGGCUCCUCUGUCCAUGGUGAACGUGUUGAUACUGUGCCUGGGCCCCAGUGAUGGCCUGGUACGUGUGAGGCUCUGCUUCCUGGCCAUGGCAUACGGCACCACCAUCUUCCACCCGCUGCUCUAUGCCUUCACCAGGCAAAAGCUGCGUAAAGCACUGAAGACCCAUGUCAAGAAGAGGGUGGUGUCCCUGCUGCAGGUAGACCCGGCGCCCAAUGGGGGAGCUGUUAUUCACAACUCCUGGGUGCAGGGGGGUGGACAGAGGAAGGGACGCAAGCCCCGACUGGAGGGCAGUGACGCCACCAGUAACUGCCUAACAGUGGCUGUGAGAGAAUGAGAGGCCGUGCAGCUGUGUGUGUGCGUGCGUGCGUAUACAAGCGAGCUUGCAUGUGUAUAUGGGUGUACAGUGUGUGAUAGUUGACAAAGGUCACACUACAUCAUCAGCACCUCCCUCCAUCCAGAUGUGGGAUGAUGGCAGGUGGGCCCAGAGCUCUAAUUAACAUCAGACCUGCUCUGUGAUCUAUGUACACAGCUCUUCAUUAGUCCCCCAGUUAACGACAAGAUGGCCACUCCUUCUCCAUGGCAAUGCCAAGCUACAAAGCAAUAUGUGACAUCACCUGCGUUGCCGCAACCUUAGUUACUGUGGAUAUACAUCCCAGUAUAGGUACAGAGCAAAAAUAUCCACACACAUUGAUCAACCUGUUGUCAUUCACGGAACAAGUGAACACACAAUAUCUACCUGCACACAGAUCUCAAUGAGAGUCAAUAUCCAGUAACAGUUUAUCAUUUGAUUAGUCAUGCAUUAAAGGUGAAGUUUUAUUUUUUACAACCUUUUUUACAACCUAUUUUUGAUGUACUGUAAAUGGCAUGUUAUAGAAGGAUCCUGACACCUUUUUUUGUGAUUUCAUGUUUGUUUGUUUUUACUUUCCCCCAAACAGCAAAUUGCUUCCUCAUCCUCAUUGUGGAGUAUGAGGUCCCCGAAAAAAUAUGAACAAA